AACUGUCCAGCUAGGAUUUAUGUACAUAUAUUGACGGACGUUGGUCUUUGGAUUAUUUCUAAAGUUGUUCUGAAUCAUUCACAUCCUUGUUGUCCUGAUCGUGCAGAUAUGCUUAAACAACACAGGGAGCUAAGCAUGUUUGUGCGUCGUACCAUUGAAAAUAACGAGGAAGCCCUAAUCAGACUGAGUAAAACAUAUAAGUCAUUUGUAGCAGCAGGAGGUAGUCAUCAUGAACUAAAUUUUAUUGAAAAAGAUGUGAGGAAUUACAUUACAAGGGAAGUGCGGAAUAUUUUCGAACAAGAUGAUACCAAAGAAUUUAGGAAGCACUUAUUAAGAAUGAAAGAGAAGAAUCAAAUUUUUCUUGAGCUUAACCUAGAAAUUGAUCACUUUAUCAAAAAUGUAUUUUGGGCUGAUGCAAGAAGUAGGGCUGCGUAUGAGUCUUUUGGAGAUAUUUCAUUUGGUACGACUUACAACACACACAGGUACAAUAUGGUUUUUGAUUCUUUUGUGGAUGUGAAUCACCACGGUCAGUCGACACUUCUCGAAUGUACUUUGAUGAAAAAUGAGGAUAUUCAUCCAUUCAAAUGGUUAUUCGAAUAUUGGCUUCGUUGCAUGAGAGGAAAGGCACCAAAAUGAAUUGUUACCGAUCAAUGCGCAUCGAUGCAAAGGACUAUUAAGAGCUGUAUGCUAACAACAAUUCAUCGGUAGUGCAUUUGGCAUAUCAUGAAGAAAAUCUCAAGUAUAUUAAAUGAAGCGACAUGAAGAAAUCAAACAAGAGAUGAGUCAUUGUUUGGAACUUGUUUACAAAAGAUGCAUUUGAUAGAAAUUGGAGUAAUCUUCUCAAGAAGUAUGGUGUUGGAGGCAAUAAGUGGCUUUCAGGUAACUGAGGUUUCAUUCGAAUUAAUUAAUGUUAUUUUUCGGUGAAAACGGGUAUAAGUUUCGGUUCAUUUGCAGAGCUAUUUGAAGAUCGUCAUUUAUGAAUUUCAGUUUAUCUUGAUCACCACACUUUUGGGUUGGGAUGAGAAGCACACAAAGGAGUAAGAGCAUGCAUGAUUUUUUUAACAAAUUUAUUACAUGUAAUAGCUCCUUGAUUCAAUUUGUAAAGCAAUAUGAUAAUUGCCUAGGAAGCAGAGAGCAAAGAGAGAGAGAAUUUGAUGCUGCAGAUUUUCAUACUGUCAUACCAUGUGCAACAAAAUCAUCAAUAUAGGCUCAAUUUCAGCAUGUGUAUACUCAUGAGAAGUUCAAGAAAGUUCAAACACAAUUUAGAGAAAAUGUGAAUUGCAUCACAAGAUCAACGCAGUCAGUUCUAGGUUAUACGGUAUAUGAAGUUGUAGAACAGGUUUCUAACUUAACAUUUAACAAGUUUGUUGUUACAUAUGAUGCGAUAUCAUACGAAGUAAAAUGUCAGUGCUUAUUGUUUGAGUCAAAGGAUAUAUUGUGCCAUCAUUCUUUGAGUGUCUUAAGCUUUGAGCAAGUAGAUAAAGUGGCACUGAGAUAUAUAUUGGAACGCUGGAGUAAGAACGUAAAAAGGAGACACACAUAUCAAGAGCAACCAAGAAAAGCCUUUAUUGGAGCCAAAAAAUAAGAGAUUUGAUGAUUUAGUGUUUCACUUGCACAAUAUUUGUGAAUUUGCAUCAGAAUUCGUGGAGUUGAUUGAAAUUUUACACCAGACUUUUGAUAAUGUCAUGGCUGAGAUGCAAGAAUAUCAAGUGAAAAGUAAAAGCAAAUGUUCGUUAUCUCACGAAGAUGCUACGUUGAAUGAUGUUAACGACCUUCAAAGUCCCCCACGUGUUAGAACAAGAGAACGUCCUAAGAAUAGACUGGGAUAAAAUAUGGAAAAAAAGAUCGCAAAUGCAACAAAGAAAAAAAAAAAGCCAGCUCUAAGCGAGUUUACAUUGAUUUGCUUUUGAUUAGGAAAAAAUGCGUUUGUGCAUUUUGCUAAUAUAUAAUUUAUUUCUUUUUGCAGUUGAACCUUUUAGAUGGUGGAUCAAUGAUUCAGUCAAGCUCCAACCUUUAUCAUGCACAGAAUAUGAAUUAUCUCAGAGAGGAUUAUAGAAAUGGUAUUUAUUAAAAUAAAUUGUGCUAAUAUAAUGUUUUUCCCUUUGAUGGAAAUGAGGGUUAAUUUCUUGUGUUAUUUUUUAUUGAAUAGCUACAUUUUGUUUUUUCAAACUAGUUGCUGUAAUUGUGUUAUGGUAAAUAGUUUUAGGUAUU